AUGUUGCCAGUAUCUGCGUUGUCGCUGGGUGUGUUGGCGCUGUCGGCUCCGGUGGUGGUUGUGAGUGAAAGUUCCCAGCAGAUUUACACCGAGUGGAAGCAGUCCAGCUACUACAACCAAGCCGUUCAGGUUGUCAACACUGUCGGCGGGACGGCGGCUGGAUCCUUCACGUCGGCCAAGAACGUCGCGUCGAUCAGUGGCAGCGGCAGUUCUGCCGUCGACGUGAGCGUGGGCUCGCUCGAAUCCAACGAAACAAUGACGUUUCCACCACCAACAGGCUCGGCCGGAUCCUCGUCUUCGUCGGUCGUCACCACCAUCACGGAGACGGAGGAGCAGCAGCGAUUUGACCAGGCUCUGGCUGCCAUCGCGGAGCUUCAGUCGCUGCAUCCCCACGCCAACUUCUCGAUCAACACGCCGUUCGCGCUCUUGACGUCGGAGGAGUUCCUCGCCUACGUCAAUCGCUAUGCCGUCGACCCAGCCUCGAACCCCGUCAAGGCCGGAACAAGCUCAACUGCCGGAAUGUUCACGGCAGACGCGGGGAAUUCCAGCAGCGCCAUCACUUCCAGUUCAAGCGGCGACAUCAGGACGUCUUCGGCCGGGUCAGGUGAGACCGUCGACUGGCAAGAGGCUGGGUGCGUCACGGCUGUGAAGAAUCAAGGGGAAUGUGGAGCUUGUUGGGCAUUCUCAGCUACUGCAGCGAUGGAGUCGGGGUACUGCGUGGCCACAGGGGGCUCGUUGCCUAGCUUGUCCGACCAGCAGCUCAUUAGCUGCGAUGGCGAGGACGGGAACAGCGGCUGUGGUGGAGGCUACGCUGCCUACACAAUGGACUGGGUGGCCAACGAGCGCAGUGGCAAAAUGUGCACGCUCGACUCGUAUCCGUUCACUUCAGACGAUGGCAACGUGCCAAGCUGCUCGAUGAGCUCCUGCACAGAGUUCGACGUGGGCGUGACCGGCUACGACUCGGUCCGCGAAGAUGCCGGCGCUAUCGAGGACGCUGUGCGCAAGCAGCCCGUGUCGAUCUUCCUCUAUAGCGGCUCGAGUGCCUUCCAGUAUUACUCGGGCGGCGUGCUGACGGGCGAGAACUGCGAUAAGACUGGGUCGCACUCGGCACUUGCGGUGGGCUUCGGCGAGACGGACAACAACAUGCUCUACUGGCGCAUCAAGAACCAGUGGGGCACUUCGUGGGGCGAGGAUGGCUACGUCCGUGUCCAGCGCCGCUACUCCGGCGACAGCGAGGGCGCCUGCGGCGUCGAAAUGUACGCGACCUGGCCCACUUUUGAUGUUUCGGCUAGCUCAGCUCCAUCCGUGACGACUCCAGCCCCAUCCGUGACGACCUCGGCUCCGUCCGUAACUACUCCAGCUCCGGCCGUGACGACAUCGGCUCCCUCUGUCACGACUGCGACGCCAACAAGUACGCCGUCUGCCACGCAUGCUGCUACGACGCCUUCGCCAUCGGUAACAAAAGCUGCCACGGUCACAAAUACUCCUUCCACAACAAAGACCGCCCUGAACACGGUAGACCACACUGAGCCAGUUGCCAGCAGUGCGUCGGGCUCGGACUUGGUGAUCCAGAACGAGACGGUGGACCAGGUGAGCGCUUCCUCGGGCUCGACCAGGCUGUACGAAGCGGUAACUUCGGACGCAAGCACCGUCGAGGAUGCUUCAAACUACUCGACGACGCCAAGUCUGGCUCAAAGCGACAGCGUUGCUGGAGACGCCUCGUACGCUUCGGACACGACGCCAUCGCCAACGACGCCUAGUGUGGUCGUCAACGGUGCAGGAGCAUCAACUCCAAGCACAGGCAAGCGGGACUGCGUCAUGUAA